AGAUGGGGCUGCCCAGCUGAACAAGGAUUAAUGGGAGUUAGUUACACCUGGUGUUCUGGGGUUUUUGAACCAGUUUUCCCCCAGGUUUUCACUUCUGUGCUGGGGGCUGGUCUGGUUUAAGUGCCUGUAUCCUCUAUCCCCACUCUCUACUAUGGAUUUGGCUCCAUCCCACUGACCAGAUAACUCCCCAUCGUGUCUGGUUUUGCUGUUCCCCCUGGUUCCCUGCCCCAGGACCCUGGGGCCAGGCAGUUGGUGCAAGCCUGUGAGAUCUCCCCCCACCCCAAAUAACCCCCUGAACCACUUGGUUCACGUGAGAGGAGGCCCCAGCAUGGGAGUGCCCAGGGAACAAAUAUCCCUGGGGGUGGGUAUCCUGCAGGGGUGCCCCAGGGAUGCAGGUGCUGGUGAGCUGGGACUGACGGGUGUUUGCCCUGUCCCAGCGGAGGAGGAGAAUCCAUCCUUCUGGAACAAGCAGGCAGCUGCAGCCAUCGAAGCCUCCUUCAAAAUCCAGCCCAGGAUACGCCAAGCCAAAAACCUCAUCCUUUUCCUUGGGGAUGGAUUCGGGAUUCCCACCAUCACAGCCACCCGCAUCCUAAAGGGGCAGCAGCAGGGGAAGCUGGGCCCUGAGACCCCUCUUGCCCUGGAUGCUUUCCCCUACGUGGCGCUCUCUAAGACCUACAAUGUGGACAGGCAGGUCCCCGACAGCGCGGGGACAGCCACAGCCUAUCUCUGCGGGGUGAAGGGCAACUACCAGACCGUGGGGUUGAGCGCAGCCGCCCGCCACUCGCAGUGCAACACCACGGCCGGCAACGAGGUGAUCUCAGUGCUGGAGCGAGCCCGCAAAGCUGGGAAGGCGGUGGGCAUCGUGACCACGACGCGGGUGCAGCACGCGUCGCCCUCGGGCACCUACGCGCACGUGGUGAACCGGGACUGGUACGCGGACGCCAGCAUGCCCCAGGACGCGCGGCGGCAGGGCUGCAAGGACAUCGCCUGGCAGCUGGUCCACAACGUCGACAUCAAUGUGAUCCUGGGCGGGGGUCGGAAAUACAUGACCCCCGUGGGGACGCCAGACCCUGAGUACCCCACUGACAGCAAACAGAAUGGGAUACGUGAGGACGGGAUAAACCUCAUCGACAUGUGGCUGCGGGCACGGCCGGGUGCCCGCUAUGUCUGGAACAGGACAGAGAUGCUGGUUGCUGCUGCCAACCCCAGCGUGAAUUAUUUGAUGGGUCUCUUUGAACCCGGGGACACGAAGUACAACCUGGUGCGUAACAUCACCCAGGACCCGUCACUCACCGAGAUGAUGGAGGCAGCCAUCACCAUCCUGAGCAGGAACCCCAAAGGCUUCUACCUCUUUGUGGAAGGUGGCAGAAUCGACCACGGCCACCACAACGGCGAAGCCCACAAGGCGCUGACGGAGGCGGUGGAGUUCGACAGGGCCAUCGAGCGGGCGGGCACCCUGACAGACGAGGCUGAGACCCUCACUGUUGUCACCGCUGACCACUCGCACGUCUUCUCCUUCGGAGGCUACACCCUGCGUGGCUCCUCCAUCUUCGAUCUGGCACCCAAGACAGCCAGUGACGGGAAGAACUACACAUCCAUCCUCUACGGGAAUGGGCCAGGAUACCCAGGCUCUGAGCGGCCCAACGUGGACUCGGACACAGCCAUGCAGUUCGAGUACCGGCCACAGGCGGCUGUGCCCCUCGACUCGGAGACACAUGGCGGUGAGGAUGUGGCCAUCCUAGCCAAGGGACCCAUGGCUCACCUCUUCCAUGGAGUGCAGGAGCAGACCUAUGUAGCCCAUGUCAUGGCCUACGCCGCCUGCAUCGAGCCCUACACUGACUGCCGCCAGCGGGACUCUGCCCCUGGCAUCCGCGCCACACCCCUGGCCCUGCUGCUGCCUGCCCUCCUUCUGCCCCUCCUCCACUGAUCCCACGUCCCUAGGACCCCACAGGAGAGGCUCCCCACACUGUGGCACUGCAGGCAGAUGGCAUCUUUUGGAAUGCAACAGCCAUGGGGACACCAGUCCUGGGCAGUCGGGUGUUAAAUAAACACGGG